AUGGAGGAACUCAAGUCCGAAAUGUCAAAAGAGAUAAAUAAUACAUUGUUCUCCACCAAACUUGAGGCCAAGGCGAAAUCAGAUUCGAAAGUGUUUGACAAGCUAGAGGAGUUUUUGGUUAGUUUAAUGGAAUCCUUAUCGAAGCUUGAUUUUCUCAACAAUCUGCAUUCUCUCCAGAUUCGAUUUUCGAAUAUAAUUUCCUCUCUUGAAUUGAAUCUUAAAGCAGAACUUGCUCCUCUUCGCCAGGUAGUUAAUCUUAUGCCAACGAAUGUCCCACCUGUGAAACAAGUUGUGCAAGGUAGAGAUAAUGGGGUUAGCUCUUCGAAGUAUUCUGAUCAAGGUAAAGUGGUUGGGAAGGUGAUACCAACUCAACUCUCAACAUCACUUCCUGUUUCUCUAACAACCACUUCUACAACAACUACUUCGAGACCAAUAACCAAAGGCAUCAUUAUUGGAGAAUCUGUUGGAGGAUCGAAGUCAAGUUUAAAGCCACUAUCUUCGAAAGAGGAUAAAGGUGACAAAGGAAAGGGUAUCAAGAAGAUUUAG